CGAAAAGCCCAAAAGCGGCUAACCCAACUGUCUAGACUUCCCAACGCAAUCGUACGAGUGUCAGGAAACCCAACGCAACAUAGCGUCACGUAUCAACACAUUCCGUCCGUUUUUGCGAACGACACCAUGGCACGGUUCCUUCUAGUACUACUGGGUUAUAGUCUCGUGGUUCCAUCCGUAGCAUUCCGCGCAUCGGUAGUCUCCCGACGGACCGUUCGCGGCGCCGACGUGUCGCUCGGGGCCGCUUCGCGUCGAUCCUUUCUCGUCACCAACGCCGCCGCGGCGGCGGCAGUGUCUGGUUGGGGUUUGUGGACUGCACCAGCAGCACAAGCUGUCGGCCCCGUCAAGAUUACGCUGGAAGCCUUGUCGUACCAGGCCCGUCCGUGCCCACCGGACAAACCCAUUCCGGGACAAAUGGCCAUGAAGGGCAUGCGGGGACUCUGUGUCACGGUGGAAGCGAAGCUUAAGGAUGCGGCGCCCAAGGAUUUGGAAAAAGUCGGUGUCUACGGAUUCAUCACCGACGCGAGUACCGGGAAUUCUGUACUCGCCAACAACCCCGAUCUGUCCACCGAUGCUGGACAGUUCGCCAUGGUGGAAUCCGUCACCCCCAAGGAUAAGAAAAUCCUUUUUGAAUUCGUCGCCGCCGUACCAUCGGACAAAGAUCUCUCCCAAUACGAAGACGGCAUUGGACCUUUGGAUUUUGAGAGUCUCCGCAUCAUCAGUUAUCCCGGAGGGCAGCAGUACGGAGCUAUUAAUCCCUGUGAAAUGAACGAAUUCAGUGAGGAAUGCGAAGUGUGGGAGCAGGAGAACGGUAGUUACCAAAAGGCAGAAUUUAUGGUGAAGAGUAACCCACGUACCAAGGGUGGUUAA